UGUCCUUGAGUGAUGCAGGCCACUGCAGUGGUUGAGACAGCUUCUGGUAAAGGCUACCACGGUAAUGGAAACAUCCAGAAAGAUGAGCCUUCUAAUCGUAAGGAAGAAGAUUUGUUAUCUCCUAAUGGUUGUAAAGAAGCCAAAUUGACUUUUCUUGAUUAUGACUGGGAUUCCUUGGCAUUAGAAAAAAGAGCUAAUGACAAAGAAAUCGGCAGUAUUGACAAAAUAGAGUUAUUGGAGCCAUCUUUUACUGUGAGUCCAAAUACUAAGAUAGAGAGUACUCACUCUCAGUCAAGUGAGUUUGAAGGUAGUAUUGACAACGCUUUCCUGAAUGAAACCUACUGUAUACAUCAUUCAGAGUCAAAACUGAAGAAUGAAAGUCUUAUUCAUUUAAAUUCAGAAUUAGAUUAUGAAAUGCAGAAAAGAAAGGAGGUGUUUUUUGGUAUUUUGAAUCAUCGAGGUAAUAAGACUGUUGGCUCGGAAAGAAUCUACAAGAUUUCAGAUGAUGAUUAUAAAGAAACUCCUGAAGAUGUGCAAAAGCGUGAUCUAGAUGAUGACUCACAGCAGGAAUAUCACAGUGUGGAAGAACAAGAAUAUAUAAAUAACCAUUUAUCUUUUGACCAAACGAAGACAUUAAACAUAUCUAAUCUGGAAGUUUUGGGACUAAGAAGUUCAGGUUAUGGAGUUAAUUGUGCUAGCAAUCUAGAAGAUAAUCAUGUUAAAUUAGAAAGUAAUUCUAGCACCUGUUUAGAUUCAGCUGAUGUUUAUGGACAAGAAGGUUCACCUCAUGUCUCCAAAUUUCAGAAUUCUGUUAUGUUAAGAGAAUAUCAUGAACCAAAACAUGGAAAGUGUAUGGAACAAGACACUAGUUUAAUGUACCACACAGUAUUUGAUGAAAUUGUACUAAAGAGUAGUCCUCUUGAACACCAGGAAUCUCAAUCUAAGAGUGGUUUCUUGAACCCUCAAAAAGCAUUAAAAACUAAAAUUUGUACUGGCAAAGUGAAGUCUCAAAUAACUAAAAGUAAAGAUUUUUGUGGAAAUUCGGUUGUUGAGAAAAAAAUGUUACAGCACCUUGAAAAUCCAAGCACAUUACCACAAGACAAAGAUUUAGAGACAUUACUCCAGCCCUGUAAAGAUUGUCAAACUUCCUGGACCUCUAUUUUUGAUGAUUCGGUAAUUUCUGCCUGUGGGUAUUCACGUUAUAAAAGCCUACAAAACACCCCUAACCCAGCCUUAGAUUUUUCUGUUACUCUACCAAGGUCUGCAAUCAGAGAUAACCAGGCAAUAGAAGAAGGUAGCGCCCUAAAAGCUGCUAAUGGCAAUACCACAAAUAAAGCAUGCUUUCACCAUAUGGAAGGACCAUGUCCCAAAUCAGUGACAGAUGUACCAAGUUGUACAGUCACAGUUAAUCAAACAGUGGAUGUUAGCACUGAUUUUAGGGCUUGUUUCACAACAAGCAGGGCGACGAGUGCAAGAUCUUCUGUAAUAUCUACAUCAAGCAACACAGAGAUAACAAUGAUGAAUAAAAAAUGGCCUGGUGAGUGGCAAAGUGAGAAACGAAGUGUGGCAUGUAACACAGAUUGGGCAUACAGUCAAGAUAAUGAAGAUCCACAGAUGGCUAUGACAAAAGGAUCUUUGGGGAAAUCUCUCUCCGUUGACAGUUUAAAACCUAAGGGAGAUUUCCUGAAUAAGGAUUCCCUGGAAUUAAGGAAAACAUUUGAUUUCACAGACUUAAAGAAACAUUCUGAAAGGGAACCUCAACUUUCUAAAGAGAUGGAGAAGAAUUUGCCAUCAAAGUGCUGUCAGCAAAUAAUGCAGAGAGCCAUCAAAGCAGAGUUGCACCUUUUAAAUGUUCACUAUCAAAUGUGUCAUCACCAUUGCAGUGAUAUUUACAAACUUGUAAUGGAAAAUAGAGAAGGAUUAAAUAGGAAUUUAUCAAGUAAUUCUACUAAGAAGGAAUUAGGAUCAGCUCUACUGUCAGUUUUAGAAGACUUGAAAGUUAGAUAUGUGAAUUUGAAAGAAAAGAUAAACAAGGGUAUACCACUGGAAGAGCUGCCUCCACUGUCGGUAGAAUCAAAAUUAUUAUCUACCUUCUCUGCUUUUGCUUCCAGGCUAAUGAAAGAAGAAUCACAUACCUUUUCAGGGGCAGAUUCUGAACUAGAUAAUCAAAGUACCCGUGAUGUUGAUGGUUCUUCGAGCCUGAAAAAGACACUCUCUCAAAUGUCUCUAUUACCUGACAACAUUCAUCCUAAACAAGAUACAUCACCCAAGGAGGAUGGUUUAAAAAAUGGUGACGUAGAUAUAGACUUUAGUCAACUAAAACUUGAUGAUAAAGACUCCAAAAAUCACCGAGAAGUAAGUGAAGACUGGUUUGAUGCUAAAGAGAACCUGACAGGAGCUGACUUCUCAGGAAUACAAGAAAAUCAAAUAGUACAAGACAAAGGGGAUCCGAAGUUUACACUAGAAAUGAAGAAUGUUGAACCCUUACGAAGAGAUAAAGGUUACUUGAUACAUGUUGGUGGUCUCUGCCCUUCAGUGUCUGAGGUUGAUUUAAGGUCUCAUUUCCAGAAAUAUGAAAUUUCUGACAUUUCAAUUUAUGAUUCUUCUCCUAAUUACAGAUAUGCAUCUCUUGCUUUAAAAAAAAACAGUGAUGCAAAGCUGGCUGUGAAAGAAAUGAAUGGUAUAGAAAUAAAUGGGAAAUCAGUAAAUGUGCGGCUUGUCAAAACUCCUGGAGAAUACACAUCACCACUUUCGUCCAAAAAUGGAAAUAAAGUUAGUUUCAAUAAUUUGGAGAAAAACAUCAGCAAAGAAAUCAACUCAGCCUCCUCUGUUUCUAGAUUGCCUAGAACUAGGCCGAGGCAGCAGCUGGGAUCUGAGCAAGACAGUGAGUUUUUCCCUUUCGACCAAAAGGGUAUCAAGAAGAAUUGUAGGCAGAUUGAAUCCACUAAAUUACUACCUGAUGCACCUAUUCAAUUUGUACCUCCAAAUACAUUGAACCUGGGUAGCUUUACCAAGAUCAUGAAGAGACUGGCUGAACUACAUCCGAAAGCUGGCAGAGAUCACAUUAUAGACGCUCUUCAGGAGGUUAGAAUGCAUCAUAAAGGCUCUCUCAGUGGCCUGUCUGUUAAUGCUAUUGUGAGGAUGACUUCCUCUGUUUUGGAAAACUCUGCUUCCGUUGAGCCUCAGAGAACAUGUUGCAAAGAAUGGCUCCUGCUGACCCCAGUGGGGUCCCAGGUUAAUGAAGGUGCCUGGGGUAAUGAAGAAGGAGCUGACCAUAAGAAGAUGCAGAGAGGCCCACAGACCAAGGGUGGAAAGGGUGACUCAAAAGGGUCUGGGAAGAGGGGCUACUCAAGUCAAGAGCGCAUGUGGCCUCCGCCACCAUCUGACACAGACCCCUAUCAGGACACUUGGAACCCCCAGGUUGUAGGCAUGCUGGCCCUGAGUGUCCUCCCAACCACCUGGCUGUCAGCUGCUGCCUGUUCUCUGAGCUGA